AGGGGUGUGAUUGCAUUUCAGCCGCAAGCUGGCGAUGCAUGGGGUGGGAGGAGAGAAAGAGAAGGGGGUGGUGGUCGUGCAGCUUGGACAGUUGCGCUGCAAAGCUUCGGGGGAUCAAGUCCUCUUAAGCCACACUAAAUAAAUAAAAAUCCAGUCCGGGUGCUGCUCGGCAAUGUCGGGGGGUGGGGAGGCAUGGAUGGGCCGGUAUUGCAAACUGCGGCUUCCCUCCAACACCAACACGGCCCGGGGCAUUUCCUCGCCUUUGAUGGUGUGAUGCACCUGCAGCGACGGGGGGGGGGUGCAACUAAGAUCAUCCUCUCCCCUUCCUUGCAGACGGUGAGCAGCACCUUCUUGUUCCUCAUAGCGAAAUAGCCCCUAAGACCGCUCACCCCCUGAAAGGGCCGGUGUUUCCUCUGCCUUUUUUUCUCCUGGCUAAGGAAGAGGCGAUUGUGACUCCGAGGAAAGGGGUGCUGGCUUGCUGGGAGUUCAGCUGAGGCGGGGAGGAGGAGGAGGAGGAGGGCAGCCUCUCCUGCUUCAGUGACACGUGCUGCUCCUUUCCGAUGUUGUUGAUGCCUUUGUCUGAUAGCGGCGAGGAGGUUGAUUUCUUUUUGCGGGACUUGGGGGGGGGGAUCCUCCGUGGGAUCUGCUACCAGGAGGUAGGAUUGGGGCUUUGUGUGUGCUCCUCUCCCCCGCUCCUCUUGCUUGUCCUUCCCGUUGUUUUUCCGUUUUGGCUGGGGCAGGCCGGAGGACGAGGCUGCCUCCGUUCUCUUUGUUAUUGCUUUUGUUUCGCACGGAGCACAUGGCCUGUGAUCUCGCUGCUCUUAAAGUUACAGAACCCCAACCUUUGCACAAACGGAUCGAUUCCCAAUUGUUUGGUCCUCCAAGCGGGAGGGGAAUUAUUCCCUUUGGGGCCUCGAUACCAAGAAUUACAAAGGCCCAAAGCACAUUAAAGUGAUUUUGGGUGGGUAAGUGGGUGUGUUUUUGCAAAAGGCACAGCAAAGCAAGCGGUGGAGGGUACAGAGGAGAGAGGGAAAUGUACAAUACCCGCGGAUUAAAAUAAACUGCAUUGCCUCGCCUGUGUUCUGUCCAGCGGUCUGGAGUAAGCCCAGUAAUAGCAGUGCGGUAAUUAAAGUGCUGAAUGUGUUCUGAACGGGAGUUGGCAGCUGUCUGGGGAAAUGACAAUAUUCCAAACGGAAAAGUGGCACGUUUGUUCUGGAUCCCCAUUGUGUCUGAUAAUGAUGAUCCGGUGUCUGUGUUCUAAGAACAAGUUCCUGAAGGUGAAGUGGAGAAUGAAAGUGAGCAGUGGUGCAAAAGAAGCAGGAACUAUUAAUUCUAGGCUUGCCUGAAUACGCUUCCUAGUACUUUGAGGGCGGUAGUUAAAAUUCGAACUGGCUUUCUGGUGCUGUUCCGUUUAUCUCAUGUGCAUAGUAAAGGGUUGGGUUUUCUCAUUUUCUUGUAUUUCUCUUUUUAAGGAGUCCUGCCCCAUGGCUUCCUUACUUGUGAAGUGUUUAAAGGAGCGUUGCUGGCACAGUCCCCACUGGUUGUGUGUGCAUCGAUAAGACAGUUUUGUUAGGCCUUCUUUCAGAGUGUAUUUGUUCCUUUCACAAUUUUGCUUCUUGGAUAAGAAGGGAGCUUAGGGAGGUCUCUCAACUCCCACUCAGAAUAGUGCCCCCAAAGCUUGUUGUGUCUGCUGUUGCCCAUGAGCACUGAAAUGGCAUUUCAUGCUGUUUUGUUAUCACAGUUCUAUCAAUGCUUUGCUUGCAAGAAGCUCCUGGUGGGUUUCUGCCUCCUCUCAACCAUCCUGUGAAGUAGGUUACGCGGAGAGAAAAUGACUGGUCGAGCUUGCUUUGGGGAGGAUUGCACACAGAGUUUUUUAGCUUUCCCCCAUAACUUUUUGUAUGGUAUAAGGAUCCCGUGAUCUACCAGAAUCAGCCAGGGAUCUACCAGUAGAUCACAAUCUACUGGUUGGACAUCCUGCACUAUUACCACUGUAGCUCUUUCCAUCCCAUCUGUUCUACAAAUAAAAGGAGUGUGUUGAAAGCAGAAGUGGGCAUAGAAAACAUACUCAGGAAGCAAAGACAUUUUUGGCUAACUUUUGGAAGUAGAUCAGAUUAAAGUGGGAGGUUUCUGCAGGUGGCAGAAGCGAAGAGCCUUGGUUCAUCAUGGAAGAGUCUGUUUGCAUUGUGAUGUGAGAUGGAAGGAGAGCGAGCUAGCGAGCUGAGAAGCCAGUUAGGACUUGGAUUUUUUUUUGAGGGGGAGCUAAAAUAAUGCGGCCCAAAUUCUGCCCAGCUCAAACCUGUUUGCUAUAAGAUAUGAUAUAAAUGUACAGUACAGGAUUUUGCAUGCAUCAACUUACAUAACUAUUUUAAAUGCUUUUUUUCUUCUACUUUGGGUUUUUUUUUGUGGUUAGGAGUAAGAUGUAGGCUGCUGAAGCACAAGUGACAUGUGCCAGGGAGGCAUUGAAUUGUGCAAGGAAUAGAGUGGAUGAAUUCCUUUGAUAAGUUAUUAACAUCUGUUGAAAAUUUAUUGGCAUAUCUAGAAGUGUAUCUGCAAUCAUGAGGUCCAGUAACAUUUUUAAAAAAACGACACAUCAUACAAAGCAGAUUCUCUGUUCUGCGCAUGAACAUCCACACCCUUAGGCAUAGAGAUAUUAUAAGUGUUCACUAUUGCUGGUAUAAAAGUGUGUGAGGAAUGUGCUGCAUUCAGAGAGGUCACAGUGAAGGGAACUGGCUGUCUGGAGCCAGAGAACAUCAUUGCUAGAUGAGUAGUAACAUGGUGGAGAAGGUGCACAGUUAAUCUGUUAGAAGAGAAGUUGAAACAAAAUUAAAAAAUUCCUUCCAACAGCACCUUUGUUGUUUAGUCGUUUAGUCAUGUCUGACUCUUCGUGACCCCAUGGACCAUAGCACGCCAGGCACUCCUGUCUUCCACUGCCUCCUACAAUUUGGUCAAACUCAUGUUUGUAGCACCUUAGAGACCAACUAAGUUUGUCAUUGGUAUGAGCUUUCGUGUGCAUGCAUACUUCUUCAGAAGAGAAGUAUUUCAGUUAACUCGGUCCCUUUGGAAGUGUAGACAAAGCGAGACAGAUUCCUUAGUCAUCUCACUUUCCAACUCAGGAAGCCUCCAGUAUUGCUCCUGAAGUUUCUGUGCUCCACUGCAAUAUUGUAUAUAAUUGCCCCAUGACAUUAUCGCAAAGAAUCUCACUACAGUAGUUGACUUAGUGUUGACCAUGCUUUUGUGGACAAUGCUAAUCAGUGCAAAUCUUGUUUUUAUUAUGUCAGUUAACUCCAUUUGAAAUGCUGGGAAGGUUUUAUAGCAAUGACCAGCCAAGGUAUGUUUAGAUGAAUUGGCAGAUUGUUAGGCGGUGGAGAAUCAUUAAAGAUGGAAUCUGGGGCUUCUGGUGUGCUAUUGGGAGAAGCAGAAGAGUGGAUGGUUGUGGUGAUAAAAGUGCUGCCUCUUUGCUUCUGGUUCUGCUGAUCAGUCUCAAGCCAGUGGGAUGCUCCAUGAGUCAGGCACAGAGGGACCACUGGAUAUGGUAGGCAAGAGUGACCUUAAACCCUAGAUGUGCCUUUGGGGGAGACAAUACCAGAAUUGCCUUUUCUGCCCCUUCUCACAGAAAAGGGACAAAAAGCUGAACAGCAACCUCUGUUAGUGUGUCUCAUUGCCACACUUCACACCCUAGCUGCUCAGUGUGUCAUUGAAAGAAGCCUCCUUAUGCUGGUAGUGGAUUCCAAUCCCCAAAGCAGCUAUAGGCAGCAAUACCUAUAGAAUUCCUGUUGUCAACCCUCACUUGCAGCAAAGAGAAAAAUACUGGUUAUCUGCUACCAGGGCUUCACUAGGUCUUUUUCUUGUUUUUUUCUUGUUUUUGUUUUUUUGCUAGAGGUGUGGCAGAUUUCCCCCAGCAUUGAAACCAUUUUAUUUCUUGUGUUUAGUGGCGCUGUGGUCUAAACCACUGAGCCUCCUGGGCUUGCUGAUCGUAAGGUUAGCAGUUCGAAUCUGCAUGACGGGGUGAGCUCCCGUUGCUUUGUCCCAGCUCCUGCCAGCCUAGCAGUUCGAAAACAUACCAGUGCAAGUAGAUAAAUAGGUACUGCUGCAACAGGAAGGUAAAUGGCACUUCUGUGCACUCUGGGACUCGUCACUCGGAAGUGGUUUAGUCAAAGCUGUCUGCGGACAAACGCCGGCUCCCUUAGCCUGAAAAGUGGAGGUGAGCGCCACAUCCCAUAGUCAAAUUUGAGUGGACUUUACUGUCCAGGGGUCCUUUACCUAUUCCUUGUGAGUACUGAGAGAUGUUUAUAAAACUGAUAUUUGUUAAAAGACUCUGAGUGUGUCUGGAAGAUGCACUUGAUGGACAGCUUUUUGGUGGAAAUAAAAGUGGCAUGUCAUGGUGGGCAACUUUUCCACCCUACAGAGUUCUCUAAGAAUCCCUGUCAUAAAUAGCCUUUCCCCCUGCUGUCUCCUCACCUGUAUAUUAGAACUGGAAGGAAGUUUUUGUUUUUUCUCUGUUGUGCUAUUUGCAGUUAGGGUUGAGUAUGACAAUGUCUCAUCCUGUUACCCUCUCCGCUGAUACUAAAUGGAAUUGCUGUUUGAUGUAUUAAACUGGAUAAUCCAAUAACAUUUGAUUGGAAUGUAUUAUUUGGACAAUUGAUUCUAUUUGUUUUGAAGUCAGGGAAAUUUGGCUUUCCAGGCUCUAGAAUUUUAGUUCUUGAUUUGCAUUAAACGAAGUCUUCCUUCAUGUCAUUCAAGCAAAAAUGCAGGCAGCAGUUUCAUCAUGGGUUGAUAAUAGCAUUUUUGUUAAAAUGGGCAUUUAAACUUUUUUUCUGAGCCACGAUAGCCUGUCUGGAUGGUGAGCUUGCAGAUAGCCACUUGCUUGGUUGCCUGUGGCAAGUAAGAGCCUCUUAGGUAGGGAGGCUUUUGCAAAAUCAAAGAUAAUUGGUUGUUCUUUCUUUCAGGAUGUUGAUAGAUUGCAAAUGCUGUCUGGACACUCAGACAAUAAAAAAUAGUUGUGGACAAGUAACCAUGGUUGACUUAUUUAUAAGAUUGCUGUACAUGCAAACCCGACUCUGCACAUGGAAUCAAAUAUGAACCUGGAAGAAAUGAAUAUUUUGAUUACAUGGAAGACAAACGUGUGUUUGGAUGUGUGCAAACUGAUAUGUUGAGGCUGUAAAUGCAAUACGUAGAGUCAGUGAUAUGGUGUAAAAACGUUCUAGAACAGGCAAUGGCAACCUCCGGCCCAUGGGCCAGAUGCGGCCCACGGAGGCCGUUUAUCCGGCCCACAAGCCGCCCGGUCACCGAGCCACCCGCUCGGCAAGUCACCGCGCUGCGCUGUGCUAAACCAGCGGAGCUCGGUGCGGGGACUUGCAGAGUGGUGCCGAAAAUUUAUGUGCAGUUCUCUUCAAUUUGCAGCUCCCUUGUGAUCUCGGGGUUUGUUUGUUUUUACCAAAUAAAUAUUUCUUUCUCUGAUUGUUCAGCCCUGUGGUUGUUGACUGCUGUCCUGCUGUCUUAGAUCUGUGUAGGAUUCUCCCCCCCCCCAAAAAAGCAUGUUCUUAUUCAAUAAGUCAAAAAGACAACAGGUGGCUGCAGACAGAUGGCUAGGGCAACGCUGAUCAGCAAGACAGGCCAUCAUCUCCAUAUGCUGCUUGUCUUGCUUGUGUUCCAGCUGAACCAGAAGGUCUAGGUUGGAUAGCUGAGUGAACUUUUAUAGCCUCUGUCUUUCAGACAAGUGGUCAUUUCAAAUCACUUUCCCCAAAUCUAUUAUAACUGCAUUGGCCUCCUUGAGUUUAGUGUGUUGUUACAGAGCAUUCAUGUGGGGCCUUUAACAUCACAAACUCUCAGCUAUAAUACUGUGUAAUCUGUUUCAGGCAGGUACUGGAAAGAUUGGUACCUUUGUUUUUCCACUGGCAUGUAUGUCUGAGAUGUUGGCCUGAGCUUGCUGCAACACUUGCAUAUUGUCCUGUUUUUGUAAUGCUGUGCAGAGAUAGCAGUUGGUAUGAGAUAGCUGUCCUAAGCAAUUAGGCAGAUGAAAAAAAUGAUCGACAAGAGGUGGGCGUUAAGAGGGGCAUUCCAAGCUUUCUGCUGCCUGUUAGAAACUGUCCCCAGUUGCCAGCAGCAGAAUAAUUAUAGAAGAGCACCUUCCUCUGAAUAAUAGUUGUUGCAGGUGCAGAGAGCACUGUUGCACAGUCUCUGCUUGAGGACUUCAAUAGAUAUCUGGUUGGCCACUGGGAGAACAGAAUGUUGGACUAGAUGGGUGUUUGACCUCAUCCAAAAGGGAUUGUCUUAUGUUCUUAACCAACAGAGGUAAAAUUGGGGUCUAAUUGAUCAGGAAUAGAAUAACAGAUCCAUAGUUUUACAAAGUUGGGGCACCUGAGUCGGGGUGUGUGUCUGUGUGUGUGUGUGUAAAAGAAUGCCUGCCCUGGUUGCCAUUUCUCUCUGUGUUGUAGUGGGGGUUGCAAUAUAACUUGGCUUUGAGAGACCAGUAGUGUUAUGAGGGGAGCUCCUUUAGGGAAAUCUUCAUAUCCUGCAGAAGGUACCCUGUUUCUCAUAUUUUAAGACAUACCCAUAAAAUAAGCCAUAGCCAGAUUUUUAAGCAUUCAAGGAAUAUAAGCCAUACCCCGAAAAUAAGACAUAGGGAUAGGCGCAGCAGCAAUGCCGGCCGCGGCAGGAGGAGGAGGAAAAAAAUAAGACAUCCCUUGAAAAUAAGCCAUAGUGUGUUUUUUUGAGGAAAAAAUAAAUAUAAGACGUGUCUUAUAAUAUGAGAAACACGGUAGUGAGCAAUGAACAUGGAUGUUCAUAUGUGGGAGAAAUGGGAGAGAGAGGUGGAAAUUCAUGGAUGUGUUUAUGGUAGAGGUGGGGAGCCUCAGGCAGGGGGGGGCAGGGGCAGCCUCCAAGCCUUUCUCUUUGGCCCUUGAGACUCUUCACCCUCUCCUCUGCCCCAUUCUGCACUCCUUGGGGGCUUUUGCCUGGCUGGAAUGUGUUCCUGAUCAGCUGUGAUGAGGCCACUUGCUUGCCUGGAGGGAAGAUGAAGAGGUGUGGUGUAGACUUUUGUGUGGCUGGAUGUGCACAAAGGUUAAUAGCUGCCUCCAUUGCUCUGCUUGCUUUUGCCUUUGCUUCCUAGCCACAAACAUUCUGGCCCCCCAGAAGGUCACAAACAAAGGAAUGCAACCUCAUGUAUGAAAAAGGUUCCCAGUCCCCGUUCUCUGGUGAAAUGUCAUAUUCUUAUUUUUCUGAAUUUAUACACCAUGCUUCCUACACCGUGAUAUCCCCAUUUGCUUGUGGAAGGGUGUUGCUUGGCAUGUUGUGACUGGUUUCAGCAGCAGCCUAACUACAGUGUGGGAAAGGGUAGAGGAGCUGUGGUGCCAGAAACCUUCAAAACUAAUCAUGCAUGAUCCAGAAAGCUAUAUUGUAGUGUACAGGAGAUACCCAGAAGGAGGGUUUAAAGAGCUAUUUGCUUGCAGGAUGGGUUGAAGAAGUGGGUGUCUCUGCUUUUAAGGUACUCCUUGGUUUUUUUUCUAAGAUGUGUGAGCCAACUGUCUCCUGUAUUCCUGUUUUUUUCCUUCAACAAAUGUCAAAAAGAGGUCCUCCUCUCUGAAGCUGGAUGGGCAGUAGCACCUUCAGUUUAUUCUAACAGAUGUUCUUCUAGAGACUUGCCAUCCUCCUGACUGCUGGGUUGGCCAAUAUGCUACCCUCCAUGUGUUGUUGGAUUCCAGCUCCCAUCAUCCUUGACACAACCAUGUUGGUUGGGACUGGUGGGAGCUGCAGUCCAACAACAACUGGUAGGCAAUUGCUGACUACCUCUUUUUCCAGAGAGUGUGAUGGUGAUUUCUGUUGCUAUCCCUUGAAGAAGGUUUUGAAAAUCAUUCUUGAGUGAGAUCUCUGUGUGGCUCUGUCCCCUGUGGUGUGAGCCUCUGGGGGGUGAAUCAUGCUUCUCAUGUGGGCAUUGUUGUUGGGGCAGAUGGUGAUGCUCACAUAGCCUUGCAUAAUUAGUGGGAUGUAUGUAUGAUUAAUAUAUAGGGAUGCUAUGCUAAAGGCUGUUGGCAUGAGAUUUUUUAACAAUAUGCAGAUGAUCCUCGUUGCUUGAGAGAGGUGGGGGCUGUCUUUUCCUUAUAAUAUGUGCAGAUUGCUUUUUUUAAAUCUAUAAACCAAGUGCUCUGUAACACAUAGGAGGUUUAUGCCAUGCCACUUUUUACAGAUGUAAAAUAAAGGAAGCAGAAUUACUAUUUUUGUUGUUAUUUGGGGGCAGUGUCCUUGUCUUAAUCCAUAUAUUGCUAACAUGGUGCCCUCCAGUGUUGUGCACCUGUCACCCCUGACCAUUGGCUAUGUUGGCUGGGGAUGGUGGGAGUUUUAGUCCAGCAACAUCUGUGUGGCACAACUUUGGCUACCCUUGCUUUAUGCCAGUACUUAUGCACUAGGACAUAACUUCCUCUUGUGCACUCUCAAAUCCCUGUGAUUGGAGGGGGGGGAGAUCAACUUAUAUAUUUAAUGUCCUCUUCUUCUGGUGCAAACGUGCUGCUCGGCAGUUUACAACAUUUGAAAUUGAUGUUUAAUAAAAGCAAUAUUAAAAAAGAAUAAAGCAAGGAGACGGGAACAGCCGUUGUAUUAACUGCCACACACAACAAAGACCUGGCAGAGUAAAACUGUCUUACGUAACUGAGGAAAAACAGCAAGGGAACUAAUGGGAACCAAGUUUGAUUGGCUUAGCUUAGAUCCAUCCCUGUGCAGAACAUUUGUGUCUCUCAAAUACACCAAUACACAUCCAUCUGUCCUUCUGAAAUGACUGCUUGGGAUUACCCUCACACCAUUUGCAGGCCAUACUCGGGCUACUUUCGGUACUUCUGUUGCAUUACAUGCUAUCUGCUCAUCAUUAUGGCUUUUUAAAAUACAUCCUUUUCUUUUUAUAUUAAUAAAUAGCAACAUUAAAAAGUUAUUUUAAGGGGAGGGAAGCAAGGGAGUGGGCCACCCAUGCUUCACAGGGCAAGGUGUUUGUUCCUUAAGUGCAGCCACAAAGAGGACCUUUCCUCUCAUUCCUCUCUUAACAUGCUUCUGGCCUAGGUGGGAAGAAGGGAAUGGGCAGAAUGAUAUGGAAAGAGGAGUUCCUAAGGUAUCCCUAGACCAGGGGUCAGCAACCUUUUGCAGCCAUGGGCCGGUCCACCGUCCCUCAGACCAUGUGGUGAACCAGAGAAUAUUUUGAAGAAAAAAAUGAACGAAUUCCUAUGUCCCACAAAUAACCCAGAGAUGCAUUUUAAAUAAAAGGACACAUUCUACUCAUGUAAAAACACGCUGAGUCCCGGACCUUCCAUGGCCAGAUUGAGAAGGCGCUUGGGCCGCAUCUGGCCCACGGGCCUUAGGUUGCCUACCCCUGCCCUAGACCUAAGCAUUUAGCUUUAAAGGUAAUCACCAACACUUUGAAUUAUGCCUAGAAGUGUAUUGCUAAGGAGUGCAGCCGUGUAAAUGAUGCCAUGAACAUAGAACAGGAUAGCUCAUAGAAUCAUAGUGUUGGAAGGACCUCGAGGAUCAUCUUGUCCAACCUCCUACAAUGCAGGAAUAUGCAGCUGUCCCUUAUGGGGAUUAAACCUGCAACCUUGGUCUUGUCAGGACCCAAACCAACUGAGCUAUCUGAACACCCACUGACAACCUUGCAGGUUCAUUCUGGACCAGCUGGAGUUUCCAGAGACUUUUCAAAGGUAGCCCCAUGUAGGAUGUGUUGCAGUAAUCCCACCUGGAUCUAAUGAAGGCAUGUGAAGACUUAUAUUAAAAUAUGCAGACAUUUUAAGUGAGUUUUCUCUGAACUUAAAGGUAAAGGGACCCCUGACCAUUGGGUCCAGUCGUGACCGACUCUGGGGUUGCGACGCUCAUCUCGCAUUAUUGGCUGAGGGAGCCGGCGUACAGCUUCCAGGUCAUGUGGCCAGCAUGACAAAGCUGCUUUUGGCGAACCAGAGCAGCACACGGAAAUGCCAUUUACCUUCCCGCUGGAGCGGUACUUAUUUAUCUACUUGCACUUUGACGUGCUUUCGAACUGCUAGGUUGGCAGGAGCUGGGACCAAGCAAUGGGAGCUCAUCCAGUCACGGGGAUUCGAACCGCCGACCUUCUGAUCGGCAAGCCCUAGGUUCUGUGGUUUAACCCACAGCGCCACCCGCAUGAUAUAUGAUGUCUCCUGUUGCACACUGCUCAGAAGCGACUGCAUUAACUAGUAUAUAUAAAUUAUUUUAAUAAAUCAUCUUCUGUGGCCAGUGGGUAUGGCUGGCACACCAACCUCAGCUGGCUAUAGGUACUCUUUGCCACCAGAUCAGCUAGGCAGAAAGCAGAGCCCAGGAGUAUGGGGCCAUAGUUUGGUGGUAGAGCUCAUGCUUUGCAUGGAAUAUCCCUUGGGUGUUUGGUUCCUGGCACCUCUAGUUAAAACAAUCAGGUAACUAGUGAUGGGAGACACCUCCCUCUGCUUGGAGACCUUAGAAAACCAUGGCCACUUAGAGUAGACUAUACUGGAGUCAAUGGACAAAUAGCCUGGACUUUUUGUAAGACAGUUCAGAUUUUGCAUGUAGAAAGAAACAGGAUUGGCAUCAUUGCCUUUUCAGUCAUGGAAUGCCUGUUGGGAGAAUGUGGUCAAGGCACUUUGCUGCCAACAUAUCAGUUCCAAAUUAAUAGUGGCCAAACUGGAGGUCCACACACAACCUCAAGUGUGUGACAGGAGUGUUUGUUAUUCAAUCUACAGCAUUGCACUGUAAAUCUUGCCUAUACGACCUCAUUUAUCUUUUAUAAACACUUCCUGUGAUGCUCCCUUCAGAAUCAUGGACAAUGGCAAUCAUGGAGUGGCAAUAUGAUGAUGAUGAUGAUGAUGAUGAUGAUGAUGAUGUUGCUGUUGCUGCUAUUAGUUUGUUAUAUUUCUCACGAUGUCCUUCACAAGAAGGUCCCAGGACAGGUUACAGAAUAUAAAAAAUACAAUACACUUCAAUCAGAAAAUAAUAAUAAUAAUACCAUGCAUAACCCCAAAACAAUAAUUCCACAAAACACGUCUCAGAGAGGCACACCGCAGGCAAUUCAUUAUAAAAUCAAUUCAUCAGUUCAUUACAGAAGCAGGAAGAUUCUAGCAUCAACACUGGUAAGAGUUCCAUAAGAAGAAAAUAAAAGAAAAUAGCUUUCCCACGGCAUGUGUUGUGGUCUGAAAAGCAAUUUGCAGCUAACUGAUUUAGAUGGUUGGGGUGGAGAAUCUGUGACCUAAGGGCCACAGCUUUUUUCACCAGGGUUUUUAUUAAUAUAUAGCACAGACAGACAAACAAACUGUCAGGGAGGUGAGACUGAGAGAAGGUGGCUAGCCCAAGUUCACUCAGUGGUUGAGUGGAGAUUUGAACCUGAGUCUCUCCAGCUCCAGCCUGGCACUCUUAAUGGGCCACUCCUUUAAAGUGAUUUCUGUAAAUGUGGACUACAGUAUUAGUGAAACACUUCUGUUUUGGGUAGGCUCAGCCUGAAUCCCACCCCCCAAGUAGUUAAAAGAGAAAAAGAACACAUUAUAAUAAUAACUAGUUUUUAAAAGCAGUUGGGCCUUAUAGACAACAGACAUCACCAGGAUCGUGGCUUUGACAAUAAUUUGCUUCAGUCAAGUAAAAAGGUGGCCAGUCAAAUUGACUCGCAUAGAGCCUUAUUUUGUCCACCCUAGCAAGAUGUCUCUGCAUUGUAAACACAAUUCACACAAAUUCAGAUGCACUUUGGGAGCCUGCAAUGUGCUGCAACCCAGCCAACACUCACUUAGCAUUAGUUUAUUGAACAAUAAAACCAGGUGUUUAACAAGCUGUCCAUAUUUAUCACUGAACGGGGCUGGCCCUCUCUUCUGUCUCCCCCACCCCCACCCUCCGUCCAUGCAGUAGGCAGUAGGAGUUUUUCUGGCUAAGAAAAGGGGUUAAUAGUGAAGAAAUGUUAAGAAAAUGAUAGAGCUUGGUUUUUUCUUCUUUUAAUUCAAAAAAUUUAUUUACGAACAAAUACAUAGACAGAAAACAAAAUUCAUAUUACACUACCACCCCAGGUUACAAACAUUAAAACACCCUUGUGAUUUCCCUCCGCUGUCCCUCAGCCUCCUAUGAAGAUUGUUUUUGCUAGGCAAAUAAAAACUGUGGCCAUGUGAAGCCAUGACCAGGGACACUUGAGAAAUGUUUUCAUUUUCGUCUCGCUCUUAGGUGUGUGUUUGCAAAUAAAGUUGGUUAGCAAGCAUCAUAGGGAGAUGAUCAGCAGGGGGUUUGGGGCUGCACACCCAUUGGAAUAGCUUGCUUUUUAAAACACCCAUAUGCUUGGGAAACCUUGGGUGUGGAGGUUUCUAUGGUGAUCAGGGCUUGGAAGGAAAGUACAGUUCUGUGUGUGCAUAUAUAUGUAUGAAUACAUUCAGCAAAUGAGUGUGGUGACCUCCCGGUAUGGGCACGGAGCUCUGAAUUUGGGGACCUGGCUGGGGCCAUGCCUGUACUAAUUAAGGAGAUGAUAAGUUUGCUGAGUUCAAAUUGCAGAAGAUUAGGGGACACUGGAAGAUUGAGGGCACUGGCAGCAGCAUUGAAAGAUUGAGGGCACUGACUUGCUCCAUAUGCUGAUCAGAAAUGGCUCUGAGGGAUGCAGUGACACUACAUUGGUCAGCUGGGAGAAGGUCUGCGAAGAUGUGGCAGGCUUGUGGGGGUGGGAGGGCAAGGCUUUUUACCUUUCGUUCCUUGUGGAAGUUAUGGGAUCAGAACAACUGCAUGCUGUAGAGUCAAAUCAAACUAGAUUUUUUCUGAUAAGACUAAUAUAACCUGCCUUCCUGGUUAAUAUGGCGGCUACAUUCAGUGUUAGGGGAACAGUCCAGUUCACUGCAUCCACAAUGCUGGGAGCCGGUGUCUGCCAUCUUAUAAAUAAUAAUAAUAAUAAUAAAUUUUUAUUUAUACCCUGCCCUCCCCAGCCAAAGCCAGGCUCAGAGCGGCUAUCGCCAAAUAUAAAACAACUGGUUAAAAUACAACUCAACAACGAGACUAAAUACAUCAAAAUUAAAUUAAAAAGUAUCACUUUGCCUUACUUUUUUCUUCACCUUGCCUGCCUUGUAGCUGGGUUUGUGUCUAUUUGGCAAAGGGACUUUCCUGAAGCUUAGACUAGGGUAACCCUGUUGCUGUUUUUCAAAUUGCUGCCCUGUGUGACUUCCUAAUCUUAGUGUUUUGUUGGUGCUUAUUUUAAUUGCAUCCCGUCUCUCCAAGGAGCUUAGGCAGCAUGUAUGGUUCUUCCCUUUUAUCUUUGCAAACAACCUUGUGAGAUAGGUUAGGUUGAGAGAUUGUGGCAGGCUUAAGGACACCCAGUGAGAGGAAGGGGAGGCGGACCUGGAUCUCCCCAGUCCUUGUCCAAAACUCUGUGACCACUGUGCCACUCUGGCUCACUUCUCAGGCCUGUUUGCAGUUGUGUGGGUUCAGUCAGUGUCAUCUGUGGGGGGUUUCUGGCAAAUUUUGUCUUCCCCAUGCCUUUGGGGUACUGUUGACCCCUGCUACCAGUUGUACUGUUAAGGGAAGGGAAUUUGUCUAUUACCGGUACAUGAAAAUAGACAACAUAUUGAGCAAUAUCCAACCAAAUAGAUCCGCUAGUGCAGACAUAGGCAAACUCGGCCCUCCAGAUGUUUUGGGACUACAACUCCCAUCAUCCCUGACCACUGGUCCUGUUAGCUAGGGGUGAUGGGAGUUGUAGUCCCAAAACAUCUGGAGGGCCUAGUUUGCCUAUGCCUGCGCUAGUGCAAGGAUUUCCACAUGUGCAACAGAACCUCUCCCACCCCUGUGCCCUCUCCAAAUCUAUCAGAGGGUUAGUGGAACCCCCAUAACAUAUUUAGGGGAAUGUGUAGAGAAGAGAGGGAGAAGUUCCGUGACACAAGUGGAAAUCCUUGGGCGAGCAGAUCUACCUACUUAGAUGGUGCCCACAGUCUUUUCAUCUGUUAUUUUCCCCACAAAAUGGACAGAAUAGGUUCUGAGAUAAAUAUCUGGUGAGUAACCAAAAACAUUGAACAUCAGUUUUUGAGUUUACCAUUUAUUUAUUUUUGCCUUCUCAGUCAUUCCAGUUAAGGGUAGAAUUGAUCCCCAAAGCUGUAAAAAUAAAACCACAGAUUUCUCCCUAAACUAAGAAGUGAGUGUCCUGCAACACCCACACAUUUAAGGAAUACCUGGAAUAAAGAGUUGUGGGAGACUAACUGAUUUCCACACACCCCAUACUUUGGGAGUGUGUUUGUCCCUACCUGAUGGCACAGAACUAAAUUGCACCAGGCUGUUGGCCUGCACAGCUGGUAGUAAUGUGACCCUAAAACCUGAUACUGCUCAAAAUUCCUUCGGCAGCAUUCUGGGCUAGUAGAAUUUUAUUGUAUUAGUUUUAGUGGUCUUCAAGGGCAGCCCCAUGUAAGUGUGUGACAGCAAUCCAAUAUUAAUGGGUACUACUAGUGUAUGCUUGACUUUGGACAGGCCUGGCAUCUGCUGAAGCGGAGCAGAAUCACUUAUGGCCAGAGCCACUACAUGGACCAUCCAGGAUCAAAGCUGAGGCCUGGAGCAAUGUCAAACAGUGAACCCGGUUUUUAAAGGGGAGUUCAACCUGUCCAGAUCAAGCCCCAGGACCACUUGGCUUCCUUGUCCUGGCUGCGUUUUACCUUGUUUGCCCACAUCCAGCCUGCCCAGUGGCUUCUGCAAAACAGGCUUGAUUUCCCCCUGUCCAUAGUUCUGGCUACUCCUGGUGUGUUCCAUGGAAAUGAAUAAAAUAACAAGGAUACUGUAAGGGAACAGAACUUAGCCCUGCAUCAUUUCUUUCUCUGAAGAGACUUGGGGAUGCUCACACAGCCAGUGGUGCUCAGUGCUUAAGAUACCUUGGCAUUACCCUGUCUACCCAUGCCAAGGCCUGGACCCCGUAGAAAAGCGCCACACCUGUGUUUUAAUUCCGGGGAUUUGUUACAAAGUCAUCUGUUCGCAGAAGCAAUUGCAGUUGGGGGCAUUGCCUUGCUCUGCUUGGGUCAUUUGCCAGCUGUGUGCUUAAUAGGACGUGCAGCCUUUCCGCUAAUGGUGAUGAAAUUGAUGCCGUUGAUGAGAUGGGGGCAGGAAAGUACAAAGCUUGUGCCAAGGAGCAGUUCCCGUGGGGUGGGGGGUUGGUCUUUUAUCACAGCUACUUUAUGCGCACACUGCUCUGUCAUCAGUGCCUUUGAGCUCUGCUCUGCCUUGCCCCAUCUUCCCACCUUUGGGAACAGGCUCGGCUGUGAGCAGUGUGGUUUUCUGAGAUUGCUUCCCCCAUUAGACAGGCACUUGGUUGGCAAUAGUGGCCUGUACCCAUUGCGGGGGGACGGGGACGGGGGACACACACACACAACACUUCUCCGUAUUAACCCUCCCCCCUCAAAAGAUGCCAUACAUUUGCAUGCCUCUCGGCCAGCGUCCGAUUCACAAAACGUUCUCUCCUGGGAGAGGCAUGUCCGUGUGGUGUAGUGGUUAGAGCGUUUGAACUUGGUGCUUCAAAGCCAAAAGGCAAAUCCGUCACAUGCCCACUCAGCCACAAAUCUCACUGGUCAGUGUGUCUCAGCCCAGCCUACUUCACAGAGCUGUGGUGGGGAUUAAGGGAAAACCCUCUGCUGCUCUGGCGGCAGGGGUAAAAUACGAUACAUGGAGAGAUACAGGUAGAGGAAGGGAAAGACUGGUGGAAGGGGUCUGAGCAGAGGAAGUAGACAUUCGGGGGGGGAGCAUCUCAUAUGCAUUGUGGGAGGAGAUGUAAUUAAGGAAGAGGCUUGGUCUGUGACUGAAUGCAUGAAGCAUUUCCCCCACCACUUGCCGAUGUGCUGUAGCCUCCUAGCAUUGGCACGACUGAUCCGGAGACUGUUGUCAUGAACUGAAACUGCUUGACGCUUCUCAUGGCCUCCAGGCUCUGGCUCACUGGCUGCUUUCUCCACUUUCUACAGAUCCCAAAGAACCAGGGUGCUGUCGUGUUUGGAGUCUGAGAUCCAGCACCCCCUCCUUCCUUGCCAACGUCCCCAAUGCGACCAUGGGAACUGGCAGUGAAUAGGCGGCCUCCUUCUGUCCCCUUUGACCAGCGACGAUUCUCAGGGGGAAGCUGUGACAGCCCAGCACACCUCAGGAGAAGCCCUUCUUCCCGGCACCACUGGGGCCGACGUGAGCGACCUCUGCAAACUCUCCUAGCCCAGGAUGAGAACUACUUGCACCCGGCUUUUUUCCAGCAGCCACACACCCCUGUAGAUGAGCACCCGGCGUACGUUCUGGCCAAUACGCCACCACGAAUGCUUCACCCGGCUGCACACCCACCCCACCAGCAUCCAUUCAUGGUGGAUCUCCAUGAGCAGGUGCAUCAGGGAGCCAUCCCUCUCUCCUACACGGUGACCACAGUAACCACACAAGGCUUCCCCAUUCACACCGGCCAGCACAUCCCAGGUUGCAGUGCGCAGCAGCUCCCAGCAUGCUCAGUGAUGUUCAGCGGACAGCACUACCCACUCUGCUGCCUCCCACCCCCCCUGAUCCAGGCUUGUGCCAUGCAGCAGCUCCCUGUCUCCUACCAAACGUUCCCGCCGCUCAUUUCCAGCGACCAUUACAUCCUGCACCCUCCACCGCCUGUGCCGCCACACCAGCCUCCACACAUGGCUCCCCUCAGCCAGUUUGUCCCCCUCCAACCCCAACACCCUCGCAUGCCACUGCAAAGGAUAGACAAUGAGGUGGAGCUCCGGGGUGAACAGCACUCUAUCGGAGGCUUCUCCUAUUCUCCUUCCCACCAUACUCCUGCACUGUCUCCCUCCGUGCCACUACAUUACCUUCCACACACCCAUGACCCACUGCACCAGGAACUGCCCUUUGGCGUGCCAUAUCCACACAUGAUGCCCCGGCGACUGAACACCCAGCGAUACAGAUUGCAGCAGCCACUGCCGCCUCCACCCCCACCGCCGCCUCCAUACUACCCAAGCUUCCUGCCAUACUUCCUAUCAAUGCUUCCUGUGUCACCGACAGCUGUGGGGCCUACAAUAAGUUUGGACUUGGAUGUGGACGAUGUGGAGAUGGAAAACUAUGAGGCAUUACUGAACCUGGCCGAGAGGCUAGGAGAAGCCAAACCCCGGGGACUCACCAAAGCAGACAUCGAACACCUUCCGUCCUACCGCUUCAACCCAGAAAGCCAUCAGUCAGAGCAAACCUUGUGUGUUGUGUGCUUCAGCGACUUCGAAGUCAGGCAGCUGCUGCGAGUUCUGCCCUGCAACCACGAGUUCCACGCCAAGUGCAUCGACAAAUGGUUAAAGGCAAACCGCACAUGCCCAAUCUGCCGGGCAGAUGCCUCAGAAGUGCACCGGGAGGCUGAGUGAGGCUCGUCAACGCACUGCUGCACAAAUUCACUCCAGGAUACGGACCUUGGCCCAGGGGCUUGGCCCAGCCUGUACGCUUAAGCCUCUGGGGACUCUCCUGGGAUGUGGUGAGAAGAUAAGCAAUGUAUGACACACCCUUACCCUUACCCCUCCGUGGCAUGGACUGGGCCUGGUGGCAGAGCCAGCUCCGCGGUGUCACGCUUCGCUAGGGGGAGGCCUCCCCAUGUGCUCCGCACUCCAAAGAGACUCCAUCCUUGUGCCAUUUUACUCUCCAGGUGUUCUUGCAUUCCUUUCGUUUUUGGUUCUCCUUUCCUUGUUUUGGUUUUUGUGGCUGUCUGACCCAGGUAUUUUUAGUCCAAACUCUUCCCCCCCACCCACCCCCACUUCUGGCGCCUUCAGAAGCAGAGCAGCUCAAAGAUGGUGAUGGGGAGAUGGGGGAAGAAGUGCCUGCUUCAAUCCCACCCCCACCCCCCAACCACUUGCCCCCAAAGCACAGUGUUGUCGCAUGGCAGGCAGUGGAAGUGGUUGGUUGCAGCACUGAUGAGGGGCAGCCCAAAGCCUUCCCAGAACCAUUUGGGGUUGCCCACACACAAAUCAUGGCUUUUCCUUACACACACACCCAUCUUGCCCUUCCUACAUGCCGGAGAUGCUGGGCGGCAUUCAGGGCUCCUUAGCAGGGUGGUGGUGGAGCGAAACAGGCCUGCGCAAGGCCCAGCAAUAUCCCACCCCACUCCGCUCCCCUUCUCAUUGCAGAGGGGCGUGUGGAGACCCAUUCCCCCCUCAAAAGACGUGGAGGGAAGCGUGAGUUGAGUGAGUGAGAAUCCUCGUGGUGAAGCAGCUGGCUCUGCUUCAUACGUUUGUCAGGUGGAGGCUCUCUUUGCGAGGCCUGCCUUCAGAAUCAUGUUCUCUAGCUAGAGCUGACAAUUACUUCUCUUCCCUUCUGCACCUCAGUUGUUUUCCUUGGGGUCCCCUUUCUUUCUCAGCACCCAUCUCCAUGAAAUCCACCACCACCCCUUCCAAAAAAAUAAAAAAUCAGGUUCGUGCAACUGUUUCCCCAAUAUCUCAGGGGAGGGCACGUGUGUUUCUCUGCCUCCCUCCCUCUCUCCCUGUUUUCCUUCUGCGGGGAAGAGGGAGAUGCUCAGCCGACUGAAGCAGAAGCCCUUAGUCCCACUGUAAAUCCUGCCUGCUCUUCUGUGUUGACCCCAGGCUAAGCCCCUGAAAGCUGCCGGGGCCGCUGUGAAGCUCUCUGCAGUAGGAUCCUGGGCAGCGAGCAGAUGGGGAAUUAUUUAUUAAUCUUCUUGUCGUCUACCCUUGCACUAGCUAUCAUGGAGAAAAGCCCAUCUGGCGAAAACCGCUCCUCCCUCCAAGAUGCACUGCUGCAUCAGCUUUCUUUCCUUUCUGCGUAGGACCAGGCAGACGUUUCCAUUCCCUUUGCCACUCGCUAGACCAUUUUUCUGUCCUCCCCCUUCCCCCCCCUUCCGGGGGCCCCAAAUGAAGUUUGGCCCUCCUACUGCCACCCCCAACGGAGUGUUGUUUUCCCCCCUGCAUGGCCUGAUGCUUGUGCUCUGGGUCAGGCACCGUGGAGUGGGGUGGGCUGUUUCGCCAUGACGAGCAUACAUGCGAGUUGUGUGCCUUCCUGUAUCUCUGUGCACGUGCGUGUGUUGCGUGCGUGCACACACACACUAAUCCUACCUAAAAUAAAAAAAAACAACCUGCUGGUUUGAAGCAAGAAAGCAACCGACCUGCCACCCUGUUACAGAAACCUGUGAUCGUUUAAAAAAAUAUAUAUUAAAAAUAAAAUAAAAGUUGUUUUGCAUGAUUAUACCAUGGAGCCGAGAGAGAGAGAAGCCCUCGCCAUGUAGUUGGAUUGUGUUUGGAAGCCUGGCAAGAAGGACUCGGAGAGGACGAUGAAACCUAAUGUAAAUGUUCACAAAUUAUGCAUGCAUGUUAUGACCAGCUUGGAACUUGGUAUUGGCUAACUCUCUAGCCAGCUGUGGGGGUGAUGGGGUGGGGGGGUUAAAGAGGGAGUUCUUUGUGCUCAGCUGAUUACUGCCAUGCACUGUACUGCACAUGUCCGCAACGCCUCACAAGGACCGUCAACGCUUUUCAGGGCAAUUCUCCCUCCCCUUCCCCCCACCCCACCCCUCCAGUUUAGAGAUGGGUUUGAAACCUGGUUGGGCCAGGAGGCGGCAGCUGUGGGAGGGGGGGCACAUACAGGACUUAACCUCGAGGUAGGCUUGCAAGGGUCAAUGUUGGCAGGCGGUGGGGGAAGCGGUUAGUAGCGGCCUCAGAAAGGAGAGGGUUUUGUUAGGUGCAUCUUCGCUUUCAUCAGCUAGUAUCAGCUAGUGGGAUGUGUCUGGCAGUGUGGCUCCCAGUCAGAAUUCAACUUCCUCCACCGUCCACAAGGUGGAGCUCUUCUCUCCCCCCCCCCAAAUUCUCCAUCUUCUCCCCAGCUGGGUUCAUUGAUUCCUGCUGCCUUUAAUUGCCAGCCGAGGUCUGGCUUGCACCCAACCCCCCUUUUGGAAUUGAUGGCAGCAGAUGAGAGCGGGCCAUGCUUUUCCUGCUCAUCCAGCAUCCCUGGGCCUUUAUCCAUAAAAUAGAGCCUCUUCCCACAAAACUACACCCCCCCCCCAAUCCCAUUCUCCCAGCCACACAAAUGCCGGAGGGGCACUCAUGAGCGGAGCAGGUGGAACGAACCAUGGGCCCGUUACUCAGAUUGGUCUGGGCCAGCCUUGGAGCAGCGUUUGUGAAGGAAAGCUAGAUUCUUCCAACCUGGCUCUUUUCUGUGGGGUGUUCCGAGCUGAGAUGGUGGCUGGAGGAGAAGUGGCCUCUCUUAAAACAGUGGGCAGGAGCAGUUCAAGCUGUCUGCGUUGUUGUUUUCCUGAGCCCACCGGCUCUCAGCAAUACUUACCUCUGAAGCAGGGGAAAGUCUUUUUAGGUGUAGCUGGGGCCACCAGGCCUUUUGCCAUUGGUGCUUACAGCUAAUCUCUCCCACCCCACCCCACCCACACACCGCAGAUGCUGGAGUUCUUGAUCCACUUGAAUUCAGGAAGUCCUCUGGGGAGCUAGGAGGUUGGGGACCUGAGAACCUGCUUUUGUUUUGUCUCGUGGACUUUUUAUUCAGUUAACAGUCCAGGGAUGAUCUUCAAAGUCCUGCAGAAAGACGCUGAGCCACACAGGCAGGAUGUAGCAAGGUACAUUUUCUGCUUAACUGCAGCUGGGUAGCAAUCUCUUGUUUUGGCAGGAGCAACUAGCCUGCAGGUAGAUCAGUCAGUUAGAAACCUCUUGAGCUCUGGGCAGGCCAGAGCUUUCUUUUUAAUCACCUGAAUUUGUGAUGAAUUGAAUGUUUUUUUUAAGUCCCCACCUGGCUCAGCCCCUUGUUUGCACUUUGGCUGAUAAUGCAGGUUAAAACGGUGAAGUCACUUGGAUCAGGUCAAAUAAUUUAAAUCUCUUCCUUCUCAGCCCACUUUUCCAGAGGGUUAGAAUAGCCACAGUCGGACAUCUAAGCCAGGUCUUGGCCCAUGCGCCUGCGUGCGCGCACACAAAGGAAUGGGCCACUUGCCAUAUAAAACUGCACAGACACCAGCAGCCCCUUUCGAGUACCUGUCCUUCUGUGACCACUCAGUUCUCCCCUCUCCCUCACAUGUCAAGCCAGUGCCUUGUGUCAGACCCACCUCCACCGCUCUCCACCCCAGCCCUGGCCUUUCUCCUCGUUUCACAGCUUUUUCUAAAAAAAGGAAAAACAGUAACAACUUAUUUCACGCGGCACAAAUAACCAAAGGUCUUUACUGUAUAUAUAAACCACAGGUGUUUCUAUAUUUAUAGCCAAUCAGAAUAUAGUGCUGAUGCCCAUCUGUUUUAAAAAACGCUCUCUUCUCCUCGGGCCCCCCCCCCCGCUAUCUCGGGUUAUUUUUCCCCCACCCCCAGAAAGAUGACUUGGGGUUGGGGAGGGUAGAAAAGCCUUACGGUUCUUCUGGUGGCGACUCGAAAGCUCACAAGCUCGUGUGCUGCAGAAUUUAUUCCAAUGAGCAGCUAAAAAUUAUCAUUUUAAAACAAAAAACCAACAAAAAAAUUACUAAAACAUUUAUUUAGGAUGUUUGUGAUUGCUGAUUGCGCUGUAGAUGCCACUGUUUACCAAUGAUUUCCUGUGGUGGGAUAGUGGACUGUUUACUGUUCUUUUUUACCAGUCCCGUGCCCUCCAGAGGGAUAGCUCAGCUUCACCCUACAAGGAGAGGAGCCUCCCUGUAGGGCACCAGGGCAUUUGUUCUGUGUUAGAAAGUUUAUAUAUAUAUAUAUUAUAUAUAUAUUAUAAAUAUAUAUAUAUAAUUUUUUUUUUGCUCUGUUACUUGCACAUUUUACAGUUACCUCAUUUUUCCCAUGUAUGUAUUUGAAAAAAAGGCUAAUAUAUAGAGAAGAAAAAAAAGGUUCUUAAAUCUCUAAAAAAGUGUUUGUUUGUUUUCCAUUCCAUUGGAAUCAUAUUGGUUUGUAGCAUUUAACAUAACUAGUAUGUUGUAUUAUAUAUAUGUGUAUUAUACUGAUUGAAAUUUUUAACAGAUUUGUACUUUUUUUAAAAUGAAAGUUGCUAGUUCUGCUUGACCAAGUAGUGCAAUCAUUAUUUUUUUUAAUGUUGUGGCUGAUUUUGAGAGGGAUAUUCACUAAUAAAUGUAUGAUGUAUACCAACGAGGGCAGGCCAGUCUCUUCUCUUGGUGGAGGCAGUGCUCUCAGGAAGGUGGUGGUGGUUGUUUUUCUUCUAAAUGUAGUACUAGAGGUAUCCUGACUCUUUUCCAAGGAGCUAUGAAUGGCAUCCUCACCCCCACCCCCAACUUUUGAACUGAGUUAGGAUGGGAGACUUCAUAGACUGGAGCAAUGGUUUGAAAUGCGGUUUCCCACAUCCAAAAGAGCCAUGGCAUCAUCAAAAAGUAGUCACAAUGAUAAAAUGCUGUAAAGAAAAUAUGCGUUAAUUUGCUUUAUGCUCUUAUCAGUAAAAUAUAAAAUAUAAAUAUAAAACAUAAAAAAGUGAAUGUGCUAUGAAGGCACAUGAAUUUUCCCUCACCAGCUUCAGGGAAGUUACUGUGACCCCGAAACAUUAACUUCAGCAUCCAUCUUAAUUUUGGUUAUGGAACAAUGACACAAUCUUUUAAAGUUGCAGCAUGUUUAGCAUUUCCACCAGCUUCUCGGUGAUUGAUGUAGUAGUGUCACCCCUUGCUUUCAACUAAUACAGCUUCUAUGAUGCGUGGGUUGUAGUCCCUAUCUGCCACAGCUCUGUGACACAAGGAACCAAGCACAAGCUAAGAAGUGGAAUGUUAGCAUUUUUAAAAUAUACUAUCUACUCUGUCACCUGUGAUACCUGGAGCAACUUGCUCUUAACAAACAAAGAGUUUUCCAAUGCCCAUGGUAGUGUACAGAUUUGUUUUCAGUGUGUCAGUGGUUUGUUAAAUAUCAUGGUUAGCACUUGUGUUUUUUGUUUUAAAACGCAUGACAGAUGUUUGGACAAAUUCACAGAGAGGUCUACUAGUGGUUAAGUGGUGAUUACUACUAUUGGAGACCUCCAGAUUCAGAGCAACAGCAGAAAAUGGUUGUUGUAUAUGUCUCCUUGUAGACUUUCUGGAGACGUCUGCUUAGCCAUUGUGGGAAACGAAGUGCAACUAGGUGAACCUUUGACCUGAUCCUGUAGCACUCCUUAUGAUCUACUAUU